AACAGACGCUGAAGGCGGCAUGGCCGUUAUGAUUUAAAUAAACCAACGGUCGGAUUUCAUGAAAUUUUAACGGAUUUCAUGCAGUUUUAACGGAUUUCAUUAAGUUUUAACGGAUUUCAUGCAGUUUUAACGGAUUUCAUUAAGUUUGAACGGAUUUCAUGAAGUUUUAACGGAUUUCAUGAAAUUUUAACGGAUUUCAUGCAGUUUUAACGGAUUUCAUUAAGUUUUAACGGAUUUCAUGCAGUUUUAACGGAUUUCAUUAAGUUUUAACGGAUUUCAUUAAGUUUUAACGGAUUUCAUUAAGUUUUAACGGAUUUUAUGCAGUUUAACGGAUUUCUCCCGUGUCAUGAACUGUAGAAGCAGAGAAAUAGCUGCUGCUGGAGGAGGAAAUACUGCUCAGAAUUGAAUCCACAUUUCUAAGUGUUUCCAGAGUAAACCAGGGAACCACCAGAUGGAGGGCAGCAGGGACGAGCGUCUGGAUCUGAUCCUCCGCUUCACACUGAGCAGCUUGGGGCUGAAACUGGAGGUCUGGAGGGACUUCCUGUCUGAGGAGGAGAACCAGGUGACCCUCAGCAGCUUCUUCAGCACCGCAGACUACACCAACCUCUUCCUCUGCCGGGACCCGCGGCUUCGUGUCAGCCUGACCUUCCCCACACAGACCCCUUCUAAAGUCCUGUGUAUCUCCAGGACCAGCUGCGCAGUCAUCACCUCUGAAAACAUCAGAGACAUGUUAAUAAUGCAGGAGGUGCAGGGGGGUGGCGCCGUGAGCUGCAUCAGCGCCGUCUGCCAGGAGAUCACCUGCCCGUUGCUCAGUAACCUAGAGACGAGUGGCGGCUGGGCGCCUGGUGUUGCGGAGGAGGCGCUGAGGUUCAUGGAGCUUCAGAAGAACGAGGCCCUGGUGAUGGAGGCUCAGAUAGACGGGCGCACCUUCCUGCCUCACCCCCAUGCUCUACACGACAACCAUCUCCAUGGUGAUGUUGUCCACGAUGGAGAUCUCCACGACAACAACCUCCAUGCUGAUGUUGACGAGAGGAAGCUGUCAGACCUGAAGCUUCUCCACGCCUGUGAUUGGACGAUCAUCGAGUGGGCGGAGCUUGUGGCAGAGUUCCUGCAGCAGGACUCGUCUCAGGCGGUUCUGGACGGACUGAAACCGCUGCCAAGCGAGGAGUUCAACUUCUGGAGGAACAGACUGAAGAACAUGCUCCUCAUCCAGCAGCAGCUGAGCAGCAGCAGAGCACAGCAGGUGGUCUCCAUCGUCCAGAGGGCAGACAGCGUGUACCUGUCCACGCUCAGAGACAUCCACACAGACCUGCAGCAAGGGCUGAAGGAGGCGCAGGACGUGACGGAGAACCUGGAUGGUGUGCAGCAGAAGCUGGAAGAGCUGCAGCUGAUGGAGUUCCAGCAGCUGGAAGCCAACACGGCGGUGGUGAUGGAGGAGGUGCAGCUGCUGUGGAUCCGGUCCGAGUUCUACUGUAAACCCUGCAGGGUGGUGGUGCUGCUGCAGGAGCUGUGCAACCUGUUCAUACAGAGGAGCAGGGAGUUCCUGCAAGGGGGGGAGCUGCUGCAUGGUCUGCUGAAGGGUCCUGCUGCGGCUCUGCAGGCAGUCAGCCUGGUGGUCCGGACCCUGCAGUCCCUCAGAGAGACCUUCAGCCAGAGUAGGAGAAGGCUGCAGGACAUGAAGCAGGAGGGGGCUGCUCAGAGCUGGGACUUCCCUUCACACCUCGUCUUCCUCCACCUGGAUACGUUUCUGCUACACCUGCAGAACAUCCAGGAGGUGUAUAGGGUCAGUCUGCAGCUCGGUCAGCUAGAGGAUGUGGUGGUGUCAGGCGCUGGCGGCAGGAAGUGGACGGAGGAGGUUCAGGAGGUGUAUCAGGAUUUCCUUCAUCAUGUGACUUCUCUGUCAGAGUGUACCUGUGACCCCAUCGACCCCAUGCACCAGGGCUUCCGGCUGCUCCUGGAUAAGUUCCAGCUGCAGGUGGUGCAGGUGGAGCGCCGGCUGGUGUCGGUGCUCUGCAGAGCUCUGCAGGACUGCAGCGAGCCAUGCUCUGCGGCCAAGCUGCUGCAGAUGUUCAGCUUCAUGCUGCACCGCCCUCUAAUCCAGGAGCAGCUGCGCCCCCAACUGCUGCACCUGCUUCAGAAGUUCCUGCUGGAGCUGGACCUCACCGAGCAGCUGUUCUACAACCAGAGAGAGGAGGCACACACUUUCAGCUGCUACACCCCCCUACCUGCAGCCGCACUCUGCUGGAGCCGGCAGCUCAGGCUAAGGGCAGGGCACAUGCUGGACCUCUACACUACCCUGCAACACCUGUACCGGUCCAGUGAGUGUGAGCAGGUGGAGCAAAGGGUGCAGCAGCUGCAGGUUCUGCUGCAGGACUUCAGAGCCCGGUGGCUCUUAGACUGGAUCAAUGAUCUCGACUCAGACUGUGGAGUCCUGCUGCAGCAGCAGCUCAUACAGCAGCUGCAGCAAGGCAUGCUGGGAGUCACCUGCAGCCACACGCUGGAGGCGGUGCUCAGGCAGCUCAGGUGUCUAAGCAGGGAUCCAGAUGUAGAGCUCCGCCCCCUCGCUGCUCACCUGUUCUCCUGCAGGGAUGACAUCACAGAAAGUUAUCUCAGCCUGGGUCACAUGGUGUCCUGCUACAACCAGGUGCUGCAGGACGGCCUGCAGGUGGAGCAGCCUCUGAUCCAGGACCAGCUGCGGGACCUGGACCAGAACAUGGCAAAACUGCAGAGCAGUACCUGGGGCAGUGGAGGUGUGCAUCAGCUGGUGCAGCAGCUCAGUCAGAGAGUGUUGAUGUUUCACUCCACCGUGUGCAAGGCCAGAGCCAACAUGGACGCCAUGACAGGCAUCAUACAGGGCUGGGCGGAGCUUCGCCUGCUGCACUCAGGAAACUUCCUAUCGGAGGACGGAGCUGCAGGGCGGGGCUACAGGUGCAUCUCGGAGGAAGGUCAGGAGCUGCUCCGGCUCACACAGGUGAACUGCAGUCUGUACGCUGCUGAACACGCCCCCCCCCGCCUGGAGCAGCUACCUGGAUCACAUCGACAACAAAGUUCAGGAGGCUCUGUUCCUCAUGCUGCACACUGCACUCACCUUCCUGAGUGACAGCAUGAGCCCUCAGAGCUGCAGCGUGCUUCUGACAGUGAGUCUGCAGCUGCAGGAAACAGGAAGUGUGUUUGAGCCGUCAGUGGGCGGCGGCCUCUCCGACCUCCUGCAGAACGUCAUCUCCGACGUUUACAGCGCCGCCAGCCUGCCCCCGCGCAUCUCUGUCGGUCGCCACG